UGUCUCUCUGUCUCUCUCUCUCAACUCUGAUUGAUCCCAUUCUCUCUCUACCACCCUCCUCCUUUCUAUUCAAUCUGCUGCCAGAUUUCAAACCUAACAGUUGAAAAUCCCAGAUCUCCUCUUCAAUGGCAGAAACCAUAGACUACUACAACUACUCUCAAACAGAGCGCAUAGUCCUUCUCAUAGAUCUCUACCCACUACUUCACCUCCAAAACCCUAACCCAUAUCUCUCCUGCAUCCUCACCGCUUCCCAAACCCUCCUUCUCUUCCCUUCUCUCUCUUCCUCUCUCUUCGCCUUCAAGCUCUUCUUCUCCUCUCUCUCCCCUCUCCUCUCCUCCUCCUCCCUCCACCGCCUCCUCCACAAACCCUCCACCAUCCAUCUCUCCUUCAGCCGCCCUUCUCAAACACUCGAUUCUCUCUCCAAAACCCUCAUUUCUCUCUCUAACUCCCCAAUUUCUACUGAAUUGGCGAUUUCACCUCCUCGUGCCUCGCAUGUGGCCGGUUCUUUGCUUCAGGUCGCGCACGAUUAUGCCUGGGAUGCACAAAGUGAAAAUCUUUCAGGUAGGUUGAACAAUUUUCCCUCUGUUCGAUCCAAUUUGGUUCUCUUGCUGUCGCCGAUUGGUAGAUCGUUGAAAUGUUUAUCUGAAUUUAUGAAUGUGGGUAUGGAUAAUGAAUUGUUGAGUGAUGUAGAUUCAUUCUGUAAGAUUUUUCAUGAUUUUUUUGGUGCUGUGAAUGAUGCGUACGCUAACAGAGAUAUUCACUGUAGUUGGAUUGAUGUUAAGUUUGAUGUGGAGUGUAAUGAAGAAAAUGUGGAGAUUGAUGAAUCUGUGUUGCAAUUUGCAUUUAAGAAUUUUCUCGAGAAUGGGAUUAGGAAUUUAGGUUGGGGAUUUUGUUCUACUGACUCGAUCAUUUUGGGUUCUGCUCUUAUUCCAUUUGGAUUGAUUUAUCCAAUGAUUGGAACUUCAUUCAAUUGUCUCCAUUUUACCGAUUUUUGCAAACCUAUUCAUGCACAGCUGACUCUUGAGAUCUCGGAUGUGAGUGGAAAGCCUUUAGAAUGCAAGUGGUCUGAUCUUGAAUUGCUCAAUUUGAAGGAGCUACCUAGACUUAUGCCUGCUGAUAUUAUGCAUACCCUUGAAUUUAGAAACUCGGAAAGUGAAUCACUUGAACAAGAUAAAAGAUUUUGGGAUCAUUUUGGUGAUGGAAUUACAAAUCUUCAUAUUAAAUCUGUUCAGAAAUGUAAUGAGAAUGUGAGAAGUGAGGGCUGCUUGUCUAAUCUCAUUUUAAUACGAGGACACUCAGGAGAAUUAGGGAAAAGUAGAAAGAAAUGUUGUAGCAGUUUCUUUGCUGAUAGGGUUCUUGAAGUACUAUCGAGUGAAACAGGUCAGUUCAUUGAUAGUAAAACCAUACCUAUAUGGCAAAUUCUGUUAAGUUUUCUCUGUAGGAAAGGUUACACAGCUUUGGUGUCUCUUUCAAAAGGAAAUGGGGAUUCAUUCUUGGGUAUGCUCAAGCCUUUUACAGCUCAUUUGGCUAUUCUCUCUAUUAUGGAUGAUUGGCAUGUGAUGGAACCUGAAUUUCGUGGAUCAGUAGCUUUGACAUCAAAAAAUAAUGUCCCGCUAUGUGAUCAAAAUAGAAGAAAGAACAAAAAACAUGUGUACCAGGACCUCACCUGGAUCUCCUUCUGUAAGGCAGCAUUUGAAUUCUUUGAAUUGGAGCUGGAGGAGGCUUACUUUGCCAGAAGAUUUAGUAAAUCAAAGAAGUUGAAGUUUUUGAAGUGCUGGAUGAAACAGAUGAAGAAGUCUGGCUCUGGUUGCUUAACCGUACCUGAUGAAUCCAAGUCAUGUCAACAUAUUGAAAGAGAGAUAGGUGAAAGACUAAUUGGAACAGACCAAGAAAGCAAACAACCAAUCCCUUCAUAUUUUCCAACUGGACCUUCUAAAAUACAGGAGGGAUCUUCUUUAGUUUCUUGUUCAGAAACUUUGGAAGCCUUUUUCGGUAAUCUUCCUAAGAAGAUUCAAGAUGGUCUUGAAUCCAAAGGAGUGGACUUGCAGAUCUUGGCUGAGAGAAUUGUGAACUUGUCCAUUUAUUGGUUAUACCAGAGGAAUGAAUCAGAUAAUAGCAUGGAGAGUCAAACCCCAUUGGUAAAAUCAGAUGGUUCUUCUGGCAAGAUAGUUGCUGGAAAUCUAAUAAAACUUCUGCUAAAGGAGCCCAAGGAAUUGAAGGAGAAGCACAAGGAUAAUGAUCCAGCCCUUACAGCAUCUGAUCCAGGAUCUACCAGCUUUGUUUCGAAAAUUAUAGUUAGAGAACAUGAAUUGCAGAUUUUGCUUCGUAUGGAGAUACUCCGGUCAGAGGUUGCAGAGAAUGUAGAAGCUUCUACAAAACGCAAGCUUGUGAAGCAGAUUUGCUUGCUCUUAGAAAUCAUUCAAUACCUUGUGGAAGGAGGCUUUCACGGCCAUUUGAGCCUGUAUGAUUAUGUCGAAAAAACCAUCAAAAUGAGGUAUCAUCAUGUUCUCGGAUAUGUGGUAAAUAAAAUCUAUGCACAAAUGGAUCUGUUGCCAUAUGUUGAUGAGAAUGAAUCCUUGAUUCUGCUACUCAACAGUGAGGAUAGCAAUCACUCGUGGAGAGAUAAAGACAGAUAUGUAACAGCUGAAACUACUAGAAUUCAUGAAUCAAUCUCAGCAGAAGAUGAGUCUUCCCAACCACUGGAACAUGACAUGGACAGUCCCUGCAAUGUUAAGAGAGAGGAUCAUGCCCGUAAGUUAAGUGAGGCUCAGGAGAUGAGAGAAAGGGCUCGCAGGUUUGUUUCUUUCACAACUUGGGUGCCAGAUUUGCAGAGGGUUUGGGCCCCGAAGCAGCCCAAGGCAAUGAGAGCGAAAUCUGAGUCUCUGCAGAAGCAAUCAAAGAGGAAGGAACGACACAGGGGAAACCAUGAUAUAGUCUGUGAGACCCCAAUGAUGGGGAAGAAACAUAAUGAGAGUAACCCCUCUGGUUCUGUUUCUAAGGCAUUGUUUCAAGAUGAUUGGUGAUGCUAGCUAGCUAGGUCCAUACUCCACAGCAACAUUGCUGAUUUGCCUGGAUAGGGAAUUGCAUACAUAUUUGUUUUUUUUUCCAUAAAUUUACAUGUAAUAACAAUUAGCUUUCAUGCUUGUGCCAAUGUAAUAUGACAGGCAUACAUUAAGACUAGCUGAUCUUAUGCAUUAGAGUUUACUUCUUGAUCCAUUCUGUAUUUAGAUGGAAUGCCACUGUAAAAUGGUAUUAAAUAUUAACAUUUUUAACUUUUCAUAACUCCAAAUGUUGUAUCACUAGGCUUAUAUGGUUCCGUGUACUUCAAAAUAUUGUUUUAAUAAGAGAUAUAUUAGAUUCUUUCCUCA